UGUUCUUUGAUUUAGACUAUGCCUGAAAAUUUGAAAUAACUUUGAGAAAACUAACUCAAAUUUUUUUCACAUUCCAUUUCUCUGUUUUCCAAAAUGAUUGACUAGAGUCUCAGUUGAGCAGAUCUCUCUUCUCAGGCACAGAACUUGCUGAGAAAGUAGCAGUUUAGAAAGAAUGAACUAGAAAAAAUUGGUUUUCUACAUUCAGACCUUUUGCUACUGCAUCUUAUCAAUGAUAUUGACAACUAAAAACCUAUUUAAGCUUAUUUUCAUCUUUAUAUUCUAUAUUUUUUUUUUCAGAGACAGGUUGCCCGCCUUGCACUGCAUUCAAUGGAGGUGCAGAAUCAGACUACAGUGACUGAGUUCAUCCUGACUGCCUUCCCUGCCCUCCACAAGCUGCAGGUUUUCCUCUUUGCGGUUCUCCUGGUGACUUACAUGCUUACUCUAACAGGAAACGGGGUCAUCAUCUCCCUAAUAUGGGCUGAUAAUCGCCUCCAAAUCCCAAUGUACUUCUUCCUCAGUAAUUUGUCGUUUUUGGACAUUUUAUACACUACCUCGGUUACCCCAAAACUGCUGGCCUGUCUCCUAGAGGACAGGAAAAGCAUAUCUUUUGCAGGCUGCAUCACCCAAACAUACUUCUUUUUCUUCCUGGGGACAGUGGAGUUUAUCCUGUUGGCAGUGAUGUCCUUUGACCGCUACGUGGCCAUCUGCAACCCCCUGCGCUAUACCAUCAUCAUGAACAGCAGGGUCUGCCUCCUGCUGGUCCUGGGCUGCUGGGUGGGGGCCUUCCUGUCCGUGCUCUGCCCUACUAUUGUGGUGUCCAGGUUGCCCUUUUGUUCUAAGGAAAUUAGUCACUUCUUCUGUGACAUCGCCCCUCUCCUACAAGUCGCCUGUAUAGACACACAUUUUAUUGAGAUGAUAAACUUCCUCUUGUCUUCCCUCGUCCUCCUGACCUCCCUGGUGCUCACCACCGUGUCCUACACCUACAUCAUUUCCACCAUCCUGCGCAUCCCCUCCGCCCAGGGACGUCAGAAAGCCUUCUCCACCUGUGCUUCCCACAUCACCGUCGUCUCCAUUGCCUAUGGGAGCAACAUCUUCAUGUAUGUGAGGCCCAGCCAGAGUCAUUCCCUGGAAUUCGACAAAGUGACAGCUGUCCUCACCACAAUGGGGACCCCUCUUCUGAACCCCUUCAUUUAUAGUCUAAGGAAUGAAAAGGUAAAGGAAGUUUUGAGAGAUGCAGUCAACCAAAUUAUGUCCCCAUGGCACAGGAAACCAUGAAAACUUAUUUGCUAAU